AUGAAUGCCCACAUAGUAGAAUCGGAUGAUUUGGAGCCGAAGAAAUCGGACAGCCAAAUUCGAAAUUCUUCGACGUUUUCGAACUCUUCUCAGCAAACUUGUGGUGGAUCGAGCAGAAAAGUGGCCGGAGAUUCCACCCAUAUUCGAUACGUACUCCUUUUUGAGUUCGAAUCUGGCCACCCCGCCGCUGAAGCCCAUCGAAACUUCAGUCAAGUAUUCGGCACCGAAGCCCCUUCUGAGCGGUCUGUGCGCCUUUGGUUCCAGCGCUUCAAAGCCGGAAACAAGAAACUCGAAGAUGAGCCUCGCUCUGGUCGACCGACUGCAAUAUUGUUUGAGGAACUGAGGAAUCUGGCGGAGCAGUAUCCAUAUGAAGCUGUGCGGUAUUUUGCUGCCAGUCUUGGCUGUUCGCGAUCCGCCGUGAGCAAUGGAUUCUCUCGGAAUGGUGAAAAAGCUCGGUCAGUAGCUCCCACAUGCAUUGAGCGACGGCUUUACGUCAACCACACCCACAAACGUGAGUGGUGCGCUGGCGAUGAAAUGCCGGAUCCUUUCGUGAAAGGUGAAAUCCAUGAGAAGAAGGUCAUGCUGCGCGUCUGGUGGGGAGUUCAUGGAAUCUACCGUUUCGAACUGCUGCCGGACAACACGACAGUUACUGCCGAGGUCUACUGCGCUCAACUGUAA